AUGGAUUCGGUGAUUGCGAGAGCUUUCGCAGCCUUUGAAGGGCGGCAUUUGGCCGAACUCCUGUCAGAAGGCGUUGAGGAUGAGGAGGCGCAGGUUGUUGUCCUCCAACAGUGGGAGGAAAUGGAAGAGAGUGACCGUGCGAGAUGGGCGUCUGAUCUCGAGGUAGAUGCGGUGGCUCCAGAAGUGCUCGCACCGCCGCAAGUCGAGCCUGUCCAAACACCGACGCCUUCAAGAGCGCGAAGGAAGAGGCCGCUCUCCUCAGCGUCGCUCUCCCAAGCCGAGGAGAGCGGAGCGAAGGCCGCGAAGGCUGUGAAGGCGGUGAGGCCGGAGGACCAGAGCGCUCACGGCGGUCACAACCAUGAUCCACAACCGAUCCAUGUCGCUCGCAAUGCUCGCAGUGCGCCUGCUGGUGAUUGGAUUUGUCCAGCGCACAUCCUGGAGCCGUCGGAGGAACCAAAUGCAGACAUGAAAGAGUUGCAUGAACAGGACGAUGGUUCGGAAGGGCGCGGACGUGGAGCUAAGGAGGAAGAGUCGGAGAGGAGACAGCAUUCCUUUCGCACGUCUGAAGUGGUUCAAGUGGGUGGGAAGCAUCCUGAUUGGCUGACGGAGCCGGCAGCCGUAGCAGAAAUCUCGCUUCCAAGACUGUCAUCCGACGAUUUGGUGUUCCUUCCCAGGUCUGUGGCCGAGGAAGGGCGCUUGAGUUCUGUGCAGAUGGAAAGCGUUGCAUAUGCGGCUCGCCGCUUUCGCUCAUACCUGCCGUCCGGGGCUCGUGCUGGGUACUAUUUGGGUGAUGGCACUGGCUGUGGAAAGGGCCGCAUCAUCGCCGCUCUUAUCUGGCACCUCUGGAACAGUGCCAGCAGUGACCUUCUGGAGGAUGCAGCGAGAGAUUUUCGAGACCUUGGAGCAGCAGUGCCUUUAUGCAGCUUGUCCUCCAUGGGUUAUGGACCUCUUUCGGGUCAUGGUCUGGAUGCCGACGGCAACGGGGUCAUCUUCGUCAGCUACCAGCUCCUCGUUGCCUGCAAGGGCGGUGCAUCAGGUGUGCCUACGCCCGAGACCUCCAGGCUCGGCCAGCUCGUCGAUUGGCUUAGGCGUGGCAAGGGCGGUGCCUGUGGGCUCAUUGCCCUCGACGAGGCUCAUCGCACGAAAAACGUGGGUUCGGAGACGCAAGCUGGCUCCAAGUCCGGGCUCUCAGCGCUGGAGCUGCAGCGCGCCUGUCCUGGAGCUGCAGUGCUCUAUGCCAGUGCCACUGGAGCCACGGAGCUGCGACACCUGGGAUACCUGGAACGCCUGGGCUUGUGGGGCAAAGGUCGUCCUCACAAAACUUUCGAGGAGUUGCGCUUUGCCGUAGAAGGAGGCGGUCUGGCGGCCAUGGAGUUGCUUGCAAUGACCAUGCGCGCGGAAGGCAUGUUGUCUUGCCGCUCACUUUCCUUCAAGGGCGCUUCCUUUCGCUUGGUGCCUGUUUCUCUGGGGACAGAGGAAGAAGCAGCCAUCUACGUGGGCUCCUGCUUAUUCUGGCAAGCAGCCUUCCGAAUAAUCGUACGUCUGCUGAAGGCACGUACGCGCGAGGUCAGACGGAAGAAGCUCAAGCAUACCACCGAGCUCAAGGAGAACUCUGUGCACAUGCGCAACUUCUGGAGUGCGCAGCAGCAAUUUUUCCGACAGCUCUUGAUUUGCAGCAAGGUAGACGCAACGGUGAAACUUGCGGAAGCUGCGCAGCUCAGGGGUGAGGCGGUGGUCGUUGCUAUGUGGUCGACGGGCGAGUCCGUCACGGAAGCCGUCGCCAACCGCAAAGGUGACCGCAGCGCUGCAGCUGCGGGUUUCGCAUCGGCACCGAAGGAGGUGGCCUUUCGAAUGUUAAAUAAUCUCCUCAGGACGCUGGCUGAGGCAGUCGAGUCUGAACCUUCCGCCCUACAGGAGAUCCAGAAGGCCGAAGCAGAGUUGGAGCGGCUACAGCUUCCUCCGAACCCUCUGGAUGAAAUCAUGCGAAGGCUUGGCGGCCCUGCCAAGGUUGCCGAGCUUACCGGAAGAUCGCGCCGCCUGGUCUUUAACGAAGUCACCGGGGAGACACGUUUCGAGGAGCGCGGCGACCGGGCCAACCUUGAGGAGCUGCGAAGCUUUCAGCUGGGCCGCAAGCAGGUCGCCAUCGUCACUGAGGCUGCAAGCGCCGGCAUCAGCUUGCAUUGCGACAGGCGACUGCCGGAAGAGGCGCAGAGGCCACGGUACAUGAUCUCGAUUGAGAUGCCCUGGGAGGCCGACAAGGCCAUUCAGCAGCUCGGGCGAGUUCACCGCAGCAACCAGCGGGUUCCGCCCCGAUUCGCCUUUGUGGUCACGCAGUUGGGCGGCGAGGUGCGCUUCGUGUCGACAGUGGCACGCCGCUUGCGGAUUCUUGGCGCCAUGAUGAGGGGUGAUCGCAAUUCUGCGCACGGCGCCGUCAACAGCUUGGCCAGCUUCGACAUGCAAAACCGCUAUGGACGCCAGGCUCUGGCGCGUUUCUUCGAACUGCUUCGAACUGGUCAGCAGCCGGAGGUCUCCUUCUCCUUCUUGGCUCGCCGGGGUCGACAGACAAGAACCCAAUGGCAAAGCUGGCCCGAGUUCAGGAAAGCAGCAGAGAAGGCUCUUGACUUGAUCGGUCUUCGACCCGACACGGAAGACAAGUACGAGGAAUCUCUUUCGGAGUCCAAAAGCUUGAACGUCUUUCUGAACAGGUUGCUCAUGCUCGAACCUGUGAUGCAAAACGCUCUCUUCGAUGCCGUCGCGGAGCUGUAUGCACACCUUGUGAGUCUGGACCAAGCUUCGGGAAGCUACGACGGGGGACCCGAGCUCCUCGAUCAGAAGCGCGGCAUCCAAGCAGAAGUCCGGCUUGCGAAGCGCGAGGUGCUCUUCGAAGAUCCCGUGACCGGAGCCGAAACGGCAUACGUCCGCUUGAAGCUUGAUCGUGGCAUGGCCUGGGAUGCAGCAGAGGAGGUGCUUGACCGCUGCGGAGGACGUGCUGAAGAGGUCGAAGGGUUUUAUUGGUUCCCUGCCUACACGCCGAGAUCAAGCUCCGCCUCUGUCGUACUGGCUGUUGCGCGACCCCUGCUGCGCGGAGUGCGUUUGGGGGCUUCGGGGCAGUCAGAUGACGAGCAAGAGGAAAGUGAUGUCGAGUGCGAACUGCACUGGCCGCAGGGUCCUCCAGCUGGUUGCGAUCUCGAGCACCGGGUAUAUGCCUCUACGUUGCGGCAGGGCGAGCGUUUCCGAAAAGCCAAAACUUCGGAGCUGGGUCAGGUUCAGUCUGCAUGGCAGGCAGCUUGGCAGCUUCGCAAUGCGUCUGAGCGCUGGCAGGAGGAGCAUGUUCUAACUGGAUCAAUCCUGAGCACUUGGGCGGUUCUCGGGACUGCCAUUGGCACCUCACAAAGCUCGAAGGUGCGCAGAAUACCACUCGUCAGGGCGAAGCUGACAGAUGGCGGAGCAAUUGUCGGAGUUCGCGUGCAGCCGGAGCGUAUCCAAGAAGUGAGAUACCUUCUUUCUGCGAUCUCGGAGCAGGGAGGCACCAGCAAAGAGAGCACGAAGGUGGAGUCGGUGGAGUUGGCAGAUGAGGAGCAGGUCGAUCACAUCGACGUCACGCGGCUUUCCGCGCAGCUGGAGGCCUUCCUGCGAACGCAACCCGAUCAGCGUGCUGUCUGGCACGGCUGGGCGGGUGCCCACAAAUUGCUUGUGGCCGACGGCCUGGUAAGCGCGAGGGCUCCUGGAAUGCGCUUAGCACGGGAGGCCAUGGAGGAUUUGGAGCGAAAUGGGAAAAUCGAUAUUGACUCCGAGACUGGCAUCGUCCAUCUGCGUGAGAAGCCCAAAGGCUGCGGUUGGUACAUUCCACCUCCAAAGAAGCCAAAAGUGGCGCGAGGACGCGGUCGAGGGGGUGCGCGUGGGCGUGGUAGAGCCUAA